AACAAGCAGCUAAUUUUUAACAUUAAUAUUUUCUCUUCAAAAGUUUUCCUUUCAGAAUGGGUUUGAACACAGUUGAUAAGACUGAAUUCACCUUUUCAUCAAAGUUCAGAUUAAGUGACGGAAGAUACUUAGCAUACAAAGAGAGAGGUGUUCCAAAAAAGAAGUCCAAUUACAGAAUCAUCUUUGUUCAUGGCUUUGACAGCUCCAAAGAAAGGGACUUCCUUGCACCGCAGGAAAUGAUGAAGAAGAUGGGGAUAUAUCUAAUUCAAUACGAUAGAGCUGGAUAUGGGGAAAGUGACCCAAACCCAAAACGAUCCCUAAGGAGUGAAGCACCUGACAUUGAGGAAUUGGUUGAUCAUUUACAAUUAGGAUCAAAGUUCUAUAUUAUUAGUAACUCAAUGGGAUCUUACCCAACUUGGAGUUGCAUCAAACACAUUCCCCACAGGAUAGCAGGCGUGGCGUUUGUUGUCCCCAUUGUAAAUUACCAAUGGCCAUCUCUUCCUGUCAAUCUCACUGAGGAUGAUCAAAGGAAGAAAAAUUAUAGGUGGAUGAUGAGGAUUGCUACAUAUGUUCCUACGUUACUAUAUUGGUGGGUGACUCGAAAAUCAUCCACUUCUUCGACCAAUGAUUCAAAACAUACAUACUUUACUACCAAGGAUUUAGAGCUUUUGAAGAAUGUACCAGGAUUUCAAUUUUUUAACCCGGAAAAACUAAGGAAGAGAAGUGUUUUCGACAAUCUUUGCAGUGAUUUCCUUGUGGCUUUUAGUAAGUGGGAUUUUGAUCCUUUGGAGCUAAUUACCAAUCCUCUUCUUGAAAAUAGUCAGAGUUGUAUUCACAUUUGGCAAGGUUGUGAAGACAAAUUUAUUAACUUGAAACUACAAAGGCAUUUAGCAGAAAGGUUACCUUGGAUUCAAUAUCAUGAAGUAUCUGAUGGUGGUCAUCUAUUGAUCUAUGAUAGUACAAUAUGUGAAGCUAUUUUGAGGUCUCUUUUGAUUGGAGAAAAAACUCCACUCGAUGAACCUAAAUUAUCCAACUAAGUCAUAGCUUAUAAUCAAUAUUGUCGCAUAACAGCGCUCAGUAAGGAUUGGACUUUUCUUUCCCUUUAAUGUACUUAUUGGAUGAUGUAUUUCGUAAUGUGUCACCCUACAAAAAAAAGACAAACAAUAAUGAUUGUUUUAAGAUGCACU